CUAAAACGCAAUUAACAAAACCAAGCCACAAUCCCUCACCCUCUCUCAAAGCCUCAAGACUCUCAACUAUGGCGGAGAACGGGAAUAACACUGUUUAUAUUGGUAAUUUGGAUGAGAGGGUAAAUGACAGGGUGCUGUAUGAUAUUCUCAUUCAAGCUGGUCCUGUGGUUGACUUGCAUGUUCCUCGUGAUAGGGAAUCUAAUAAGCCAAAAGGCUUUGCUUUUGCUAUCUAUGAGACUGAGGAGACCGCAGAGUAUGCCGUCAAACUCUUCUCUGGUCUGGUGACAUUGUGCAACAAAACACUGAAAUUUGCAAUUUCAGGUAAAGAUAAGCCGCCAAUGAAUUCAUCAAUGGAAACCCCUAAUGCAUUAAGUUCUUCUAUUAGGCAAAGGACACACUCUCUAUCACCAUAUGAUCCUGAAAUUUCUCAACAUUCUCCAAGAUCAUCUGCAUCAUGUCGGCUCUCAGAGUACCAAACAAAUUCCCCAAAAGUUCCCCCUGGUGUACUAUUACACCAUCGUAAUGGCCUUAGAUCACCUAAUGAUGGAUAUAGGUCUCAUUAUGAUGGCAACACGUAUGAUUACAGUCGGCGAGUAUUUGGGGCUGCUUUGGAUAGUUUUACCCCUUCUAGGUUGGGUCGUUAUGAUGCUCGUAAUUCAAACAAUUACUAUUCACCUUACUGAUUGACCUUAAGAUUUGGUAAAAGAUCAGCCCUGACAUAUCCUGUACCAAGUAAUUGUAAUUUAUGCUGAAUUUAGGGGAUCUUAGUCUCAAAGGGAUGCAUUUAGCUUUUGCUGCUCUGACUGUUGUGUAUUUGAAGGUGUUGUCUGAUUUGGGAUUCAUUGUUUUGUAGCCCCUUGGAAGAUUAUGUUGUUUGUGUAAUAUUUAUACAUUUGAAACUUGUGAUCUUUUGAAGAACCAUAUUUUGUUGUGUUUUUUUGUUUCUCGAAAAAGCCCCUAUAGACUCAACUGCACAUGUGGUGAUGACAUUGUUGCCUAAUUUGCUUAUGCUUCCGAUGCUUGAUUUGAGGUUUUGGACUCUGACAUCUCGAAAUAUUUUGAAUUGGCUGAUUCUGAAUGGAACGAGAUAAAGUUGGACAAUGUAU